CAGUGUUGCAGGUAUAGGCUGACGGUCGAAAGGUGUGCAAAACAAAACAAAGAAGGAAGGAAAGACCAGUCUUCAACAAUCAAAUUCUCUCUUUCACUCACCAUUUCAAGAUCAAAAUGUGAAGAAAACCAGAUCUAAGAAACCGAUAAAUCCAAAUACAACACAACAAGAAAACACCGACAACAUCAAACACCACUUUGAUUUUGAGGUUUGUUAGAGAGAAAACAUUAUGGCUGUUGGAGAGAAUGUUAGUGUUGAUUUGGGGAAUUUUAGGGCGGAGUCAAGUGUAUCAUCAUCAUCAAAUGAUCAGGAUCAUCACAUCCACAACAACAAUGUUCUGAUUCAGCCUCUGUACAUGAAGGUUUCCCAGGUGGGCCAUCAUCAGGCUCCUCCUUAUAAUCAUCAUCAUCAACAGAGAUCAAAUGGCGGGGAGAGUUAUAAGAGGGAGAUUAGAGAGUUGCAGGAGUUAUUCUCUAAGUUAAACCCCAUGGCUGCUGAGUUUGUGCCUCCUUCACUUUCCAACAACAAUAGUUUCGGUACAGUUAAUGGGCUCAAUGGAGUUAAUGGGGGGUUUUAUGGCAACAGCAGCAGCAGCAACAACUUGGUUGUGAAUGGAAAUGGCUUCGACAGAAAUGGACAAGUUAAUGGAAAUGCUGCUAGAAGAAAGAAAAAUUAUGGUCAAGUGAAACGUAGAAUCAGUAGUAGGACAAGUAUGGCUCAACGGGAGGAUACAGUUCGCAGGACUGUGUAUGUCUCUGACAUCGAUCAACAGGUUACUGAAGAGCAACUAGCAGCUCUAUUUAUUAAUUGUGGACAGGUUGUGGACUGUCGUAUCUGUGGCGAUCCCAAUUCUGUACUUCACUUUGCCUUUAUUGAGUUCACUGAUGAGGAAGGUGCACGGGCUGCCUUGAGCCUAUCUGGGACGAUGCUUGGAUACUACCCUGUUAAAGUGCUACCCUCCAAAACAGCCAUUGCACCAGUUAAUCACACCUUUUUGCCCAGGAAUGAUGAUGAGCGUGAAAUGUGUGCAAGAACUAUCUACUGUACCAAUAUUGAUAGGAAUUUUACUCAAUCAGAUAUAAAACUCUUUUUCGAAUCACUAUGCGGGGAGGUUUAUCGCCUGAGGCUGCUAGGAGAUCAUCAUCAUCCAACUCGUAUUGCUUUUGUGGAGUUUGUGAUGGCUGAAAGUGCAAUAGCUGCUCUCAACUGUAGUGGUGCGGUUAUAGGUUCAUUGCCAAUAAGGGUGAGCCCAUCAAAAACACCUGUGCGGCCCCGUGGUCCUCGUGUUUCUGUGCUUUGAAGUGCUUGGUGCUCCAGUCGACUUUAAAUCCAGCUUUUAUAUAUUUAGAAACGUACACCUGACCAAUGUAAAGAUGAACCCUAGUUUAUAUACUUCAUGGCUCCAUCCUUGCCUCCUUUGGCCUUAAACGUUAUUAUCAUAUGAGUUAUCUUUUGGUUAUUCUAGCAAUAUAUAGAGUUGGAUGGAACUUCAAGGCUUUAGGAAGAUUUAAUGUAUUAUUCCUCUCAAAUGUGGAUUGGACUCGCCUUGAAGGUUGAACUUCGUCGAGCAGUUUCUGAAACUUAAAAAGACUUGUUAUUAUGAAAAAUCGAAUGGUUCCUGGAAA